CAUCACGUGGAGUCAGUUCUGCGCCAUUACCUCGGGCUCUUCCCCAGAUGUCAACACAGCACAACAUACAAUGCCGGCCUCACAACCACCGGACGAUCUCGUCCACUUCCGGGCCAUUCCAUGGUGCGCAGAGCUGCUCUCGUCGCCAGAAUAUGUCCUAACUAGCACUUUCUCCCGGCAUCCCAAGCCGCGCAACGAAGACUCGCUCUUCGCGCACACGCUCAACUCCGCGCACACCAUCCCGCAUAUCCAAUCUUUAUACCGACGGCCCACACCGCCCGAGACCUUUGUCUCCGAGCUACUGACGCUGGUCACGCUCUCGACGGGGCUGAAUGGCGGUCCGGACGCGCUGCACGGCGGCAUCAUCGCGACGCUGAUGGACGACGUCAAGGGUUUGCUGCUGACGGUGAAUACGACAGAUGCGGGCGAGCCGCUGAGCGCGAGUGCCGUGACGGCGCGCAUGGAGGUGCGUUUUGAGAGGAGGGUGCCCACGCCCGGCACGUAUGUGGUGGGCGCUAGGUGUACGCGGCGGGAGGGCAGGAAGAUCUGGUUAGAGGGCUGGAUUAUGGAUGGGGAGGGGAGGAGGUGUGCAUCGUCAGAGAGUUUGUGGGUUUUUGUGAAGGCCAGAUUGUAGGGGGGAAUGGGCAGGGCAGGGUGGUUGAAAGCUACCUUAGCUAACGUUAACCAAUUAUAGAUUAAAUGCUGUUUCCACACUACCUUUUGCUGCUUCUAUGUAAGCCAAAGAAUCCCU